AUGGCCGACCAGUUUCCUCUUCCUUCCCCGCCGUUUGACAGCGUUUCGCAAGUGAAAUUCUCUCCAACAGAGCCAGAUCAGUUACUUAUAUCGUCUUGGGAUACUACAGUUCGCUUCUACGACGUGGGAGGUGAUCCGGGAAAAAGCCAGCAGAAAUGCAAAUUCGACCACAGAGCUGCCGUCUUAUCGUGCUGCUUUGAGGACGGGCAACACGGUUUUAGUGGGGGACUAGACACGGCUGUCAGAUAUCUGGAUUUCGAAAAUGAAAAAGUCACAGUGUUAGGCUCUCAUUCCGAUUCAGUGUCGAGUAUGGUUCAUUCCAAUGAACGGAGCGCUUUAAUAACAGGCUCUUGGGACCGCACUCUUCGUUUCUUCGACCCGCGAGCCCCAACUGCCCAAGUCUCCUCCCACACAACCCCAGAGCGAGUUUAUAAAAUGGACAUCGUGAACAACACCCUCGUAGUGGCAAUGGCCAGUAGACUCUUCAACAUUUAUGACGUGAGGAAGAUGGAUAUGCCAGCCCAGCAGAGGGAGAGCAGUUUGAAGUAUAUGACUCGUAGUAUUGCCUGUAUGGUCACGGGUGAAGGCUAUGCGACAGCUUCCGUCGAAGGGCGAAUAGCAGUGGAAUAUUUCGAUCCCUCCGAAGAAUCCCAAGCCAAAAAAUAUGCCUUCAAAUGCCAUCGACAAACUACCGAAGAUGGCGUCGAUCACGUCUGGCCAGUAAACUCUCUCGCUUUCCAUCCGACCUACAACACCUUCGCUUCUGCCGGCUCCGAUGGCACAGUGUCUGUUUGGGACCACAAAAUCAAGAAACGUUUACGCCAGUACCCGAAAUAUAACAACCCUGUAUCUAGCGUGGCUUUCAACAAAGAUGGGAGCAAGUUGGCUGUUGCGACGUGUUAUACCUGGGACGAGGGUGAAGCUGGUACAAAGUGGGAGGGAGGUGUCAAGGGCGCCGGUGGAAAGGAGAGGGAGAUGCCCAUGAUAUGGAUUAGAAAGGUUGGGGUGGAGGUCAAGCCUAGGGGAUGGGAUGAAUAG